GCGAAGUGAUCCUUUUUAAUUUUAGCCCGACUCUUUCGUCGCGAUAUUGCAAGAAAAGGGAGCUAAAAAUUAACUACGUUUUUGUCUUUAGAACUGAAGGCUCCAACGUACACAUAGCUGGUCCUCCAAACAUGGCAGAACUGAGAUAUGAUGGCCGCGUUGCACUCAUUACUGGUGCUGGUGGAGGUCUUGGUAGAGAGUAUGCGUUGAUGUUUGCUGCCCGGGGGGCAUCUGUUGUUGUGAAUGAUCUUGGCGGAGGACGAUCUGGGGACGGUGAUGGGACAAAGAUUGCAGACAAAGUUGUUGCGGAGAUAAGAGCUAAAGGGGGUAAAGCAGUGGCUAAUUACGAUUCUGUGGAAGAAGGAGAGAAGUUAGUUCAGACAGCAUUGGACAACUUUGGACGAAUAGAUAUCAUUGUCAACAAUGCCGGCAUUCUCAGGGAUCGUUCAUUUGCUCGGAUCAGUGAUACUGAUUGGGAUCUGAUCCAUAGAGUGCAUGUCCGUGGUGCCUUCCUGAUUACCAGAGCAGCUUGGCCUCACAUGAAGAAACAGAAAUAUGGGCGCAUCAUCAUGACAGCAUCAGCGUCAGGCUUGUACGGCAACUUUGGUCAGGCAAACUACAGUGCAGCAAAGAUGGGUUUGGUAGGGCUGUGCAACACGCUGUCUAUAGAGGGCACCAAAUAUAACAUCCAUUGUAAUACUAUCGCUCCCAUCGCUGGGUCCAGACUCACCGAAGAUAUCAUUCCUGAAGAGAUAUUCAAGUUGCUAAAGGCUGAGGCAGUAGCGCCAGUGGUCCUCUAUCUUUGCCAUGAAGAAUGUGAAGAGAAUGGCGGUGUGUUUGAAAGUGGAGCUGGAUGGGUUGGUCAAGUCAAAUUCCAGAGGGCAGAGGGAGUAGUGUUUGCAACAGAAGCAGCAAAACUCACACCAGAAAAUGUUCGGGACAGUUGGUCAACAGUUGGUGACAUGAGUACCUGUCAUUAUCCCACAGCAGCUGGAGAUUCUACAGUGUUAGUUGUGCAAUCAUUUGAAAAUGCCAAACGUGAUAUUACAAGGUCAACGACCUCGGCAGAAGAAGAUGGAUUCAAUCCGAGCCUGGCCAUUGGACAGAAGUUUCCAAGUGCACAAUUCUCCUACACACCCAACGAUGUAAUACUUUAUGCCUUAGGAGUUGGUGCCUCUACAUCCCAACCGGAUCAUCUCAAGUUCUUAUUUGAACUCAAUGAAGAUUUCUGCACUCUGCCCUCGUUUGCUGUCCUUCUUGGAAUUAAAGGAAUGGGCCACUUAUUCCUGGGUGGAAUACCUGGUUUAAGGGAUAUUGACAUGACAAAGAUUCUUCAUGGGGAGGAAUACUUAGAAGUAUUCAAACCAAUGCCUACAUCUGGUACCCUGACUGCCCAGUCACAGAUUGCUGAUAUCGUAGAUAAGGGCUCUGGUGCUUUAAUACUGACUGAAACCAAGGCAUACAACGAGAACAAGGAACUUCUGUCUCUCAGCCAAACUGCAAUAUUUCUUGUAGGAGCUGGUGGAUUUGGCGGAAGGAACAAAUCUGAAAAAGCCAAGUUGACUGUCAAGCCACCAUCUCGAUCUCCCGAUGCAUCGAUGAAGGAGAAGACAUCUGUUGACCAAGCGGCCCUCUAUAGACUGACUGGAGAUCCGAACCCACUGCAUAUCGAUCCAGCAUUUGCUGCUAUGGGUGGUUUUUCCAAACCCAUCCUGCACGGAUUGUGUUCGUUUGGUUUUUCAUGUCGUCACGUUUUGAAGCAGUUUGCUGAUAAUGAUGUCAAUAAGUUCAAGGCGGUCAAGUGCCGGUUUGCCAAGCCUGUUCUACCAGGCCAGACUAUCCAGACUGAUAUGUGGAGAGAGGGCAAUCGUAUUCAUUUCCAAACGAAGGUGGCAGAGACUGGAACUGUUGUAAUAUCAGGUGCUUAUGUGGAUCUCAUCAACCUUGCUCCACAACCGACUGUGGUUGAGCCAGCUGCAGCAGAGAGUAGUUUAGCUUCGGACGUUCUCUUCCAAGAACUUGGCCGACAGAUUUCUGAGCAUCCAGAUCUUGUGAAGAAAGCCAAAGGAAUCUUCUUGUACAUCAUCACUAAGGAUGGUAAAGAAGCCAGUCAGUGGACCCUUGAUCUGAAAACAGCGGGUGGUGCUGUUUACAAAGGACAACCCAAGACCGGUAAAAGUAACGUGACCGUUACCAUCGCAGAUGCUGAUUUUGUGGAUUUAGUCAGCGGUAAACUGAGUGGACAGCAGGCGUUCAUGACAGGUCGAUUAAAGGUCAAAGGUAACAUCAUGUUGCUACAGAAGAUAAGUCAGCUCCUAGUGGCAAAAGCUAAGUUGUAAUCCAGGCCCGAUACUUCACGGAGGCAAUGAAGGCGAGUGCCUCAAUGCCCCUGGUAUUUGCCUUGGUGCCCCUGAAAUGCUCGAGUAGAAAGUUACAAUUUCCUAAAAGGGUGUCCUUUAUCAAGGAAUAAAAUACCUUGAUGCCCUUGCCCUUUCAAAAACCAAGCAUACAGGCCUGGUUAUCCCUAUAGAUUAAAUCAUGGAUUAAUUAACCAGUAAUUUGGGGUCGAACAAAGAAAAACUGCUUGGAGCGGGAUUUGAAGCAUUGUCCUCUGGAUUAACGCACCGAUGCUCUACCAACUUGGCUAUCCAGCCCAGUGUUGGCGGUCUCCCUAUUUCGUCAAUAGGGACUUUUUGUUUUCGACGACGGAUGGUUCUGCGACGGCAAAG